UCAUUCAGCCAGGUCAGAACCGCGAUGGAGGUUGAGUCAAUAGUGAGAGAUGCCUUGGCUAUGUCGAACCAAAGCUACAUCCUCCUGACAGGCAUCAUCCAGGACGACUCCAUAGCCACUGACAUCAUGGAGGCCGAGCAUAGCCUCCAGUCCCUGCAGAGUCAGAUGGAGGAGCUGGCCGAGGAAGCGGACAAGGCGCUGAAGGAGGCCAAGAGAUUGUACGUGUCUACCCAACCAACCCGAGGGGCAAACCUCACUCUGCCUCCAAACCUCACCGAGUCACAGCCUGAGGGCUGGAACAAUUUCACGGCAGAAAUUGAGAAUUUGGAAAGUGCUCUUCAGAUCAAAGACCAGGAAAUCGAGAAGCUGCUUCUGGAGCUGGGACCCCGAGUCAGGGCCUUCCAGAUGGGAAUGGGAACCAAGGAGCUGUACGAUGAGCUUCUGAGUCGUGUUAAAUCUUCCAGGGCCACUGCGAGGGCAUCCAUUCAGAAAGUCAAACAGAUCAAAGAGGAGGGAAUCUCUCUGCUGAAAAUCUUGGAAGACAAUAAGAGACCAGCUGGCAAACUCCGAGGUAAAGGGAGUUUGCGGAAGAUGGGUGUGAUCAAGGGGAAGGUGAUGCCAGAGACCAAGAGGAAGACGGCACUCGCCCGGCGAAUAUUGCGAGUUGCUGGCUCCAGUUCUACCAUCAGUAAUACCACCGCUAGCCGGGCUGGGCAGGUCAACCAAGGCAUCGCAAAGGAGGCCCACAAGCUCAGGAGACAAGCCCAGGACCAGGCCGCGCAGUCUGGCUCACUCCGCACUCGGCUGGACAUCAUGCAGGGUCAGCUGGCCACCCAGGAGGAGCAGGCCGCAGCCUUCAAGGUGAAACUUCAGGAGGAUGGCACAACAGCAGCCAAGGUCCUUCACGAAACACUGGCCAUGGGGAAGGAGGUGAAGAAAGCCAAGCAGUCCCUCGAUCGUGACCUGAAGCAGUUAACCGAGUUACUGAAGACAGUCGAGAGCCUUCAGGUUGACCAAGUGACGGAGGAAAUGCUGAAUGUAACCGAGGCAGAGAUGGGAGCCCUGAGGUGGGUGAUUGAUCAGACCCUGGACCAGAAGCUGCGGGAGCUGGAGGCUGCCUCCGACUUACAGAUCCUGAAGAUGAAAACAAUCGAAAAAGACAUGGAGGACAUUGAGGCGGAGAAGCUUAGCCUGGAGGACAUUGUUGAGAACCUGCCUCAUGGCUGUUAUAACCGUGUGGGAUUCUAGAGGGGGAAGGCAGGCUGGAGAAGAGAGAGGCGAUCUCUCUGGGUGUCUUUGUGUAAUUGUCUCGAGAUGGUUGCCGUUGACAACGUAGUAAUUUGAUUGGGCAUUUAAUCCCCUUCGACCCAUUUUAAUCCAUUCUCCUAGCCUCUUGUAGCUUGAACUGGGUCAAGAACUGGGUUUCACCCUCCAGUACAUCACUGACCGUACCUCCCUCAUGUUUGUUGGACAAUGUGGUGCCAUUCGGACAAUGAUGGCACCUCAUUGUUCACACACGGCCCACCUGGAGCCUGGACUCCAUGGACUCUGGAUUCAUUGUGGUCCACCAGACUGCCCUUGCAUCAACUCAGCAGAGAGUGAACCACAUCUGUGUUGGUCAGAGAGCCAUGUCGACCAGACUGGGUAAGGCUGGCAGAUUGCCAGACUCGAAAGGCCAUUAAAGAGCCAGAUGGGGUUUCUCAGUCUCCCUGACUGAGAGCUGCUUUUUAUUUUAUAUACCCAGAAGUCCUAUCGUACAGAACAACGGCUUUCCCACCACCCAGUCACCGUGACCUUUUUUGUUUUUAAAUCUUUCUUUAAUCACAACUGAAUGACCUUCCACCACCAAAUCACUGUGACUCUUUUGUUUCCCUAUUUAACCACCACCAGUAAACAGACAUAUAACCUGUUGAAUAUUUAUACACAAAGCCCAUUAUGGGUAAUACCAACCUUUGAAAGUGAGGGAGGGAUAGGGAGAGCGGAAGGAGGUCAUGAGCACUCUAUUAUCCCCGACAGUGCCCACUUCUCUCUGGAGGCAUCACGUGCAAUGCUGGAGCUUUGGACUCUCAGAAGUAAAUAUCUCACUUAACAUACACUGUCCUGUCACCAUGCCAGGGUUUGAGGUCUCUGAAGUGCUAGUCCAGUGAUAUUUUCACUGUCCACCAUCCUCAUUUACCCUAUUACAAUGCAGACCGCACAGGUUCCAGGAAGCCACUGCUGUAGGCCAUGGGGAGUAGUAAAUGAUGGCGUAAUCCGUGCUGUCCUGAGGUAGAAUUCAAAAGGAACAGAUUGAGCCUGAACCCUUCGUGUCAAUCAGUUACAGCAAUCUCUUGCAUCACAACAUCCCAGGCUCUCAGUCAGGCUGUAACCCUUUAAAGGUUUCACAUUUGCCUCAGAGGUUGGAUCAAGUAGUGACUGGUUUUGAUUGAUGUCAAACAGAGUGAAUGAGCCUCUUUUUAAAGCAUGUAAUAAUGCCUGACUGAAGAAUCGCACCCUCCAGUUCUCUCUCCAAACCCCUCACCAUCCUGACUUGGAAAUAGAUCACGAUUCCUUCACUGUCGCUGGGUCCUGGAAUUCCCCUGUGACAGAGGGACUGCAGUUCUCCAGCCCCUUCUGCAGGAUAAUGGACAACACACCUCAGCCCAGCCAGCGACACCCAUGUCCCAUCAGGGAAUAAAAUAAAGAUGCAAGUGUGUGCUUGUGGGAUUUUGAGGUGUUUGUCUGUGUUAACCCAGGGAUAUAAAGACUGGUUAUUUUUCCCCAUUUGACAGUUGAUGGUGUUGGGUCAUAACCCACCGAUCCCUGUACCCAUCGUGUCCUCCCCCGUACAGUAUUGUGCCCUCACUCCUGUGUAAGGAGAAGCCGGGAUUAUUUUUCACUUUGUUUUGUCGAGCUGGUGCCUGGUGUUAUCCAAAACUGACGGUGUAGAAAAUGGAACAUCAUUUCGCCCUACUUAAUUCUCGGGCUGUGACAGCAGUCGCAUCCUGGCCUUAGCAACAGGAUAAUACCUUUCUUGGUGACAUAAUAAAACAGUAUCUAAAAGGAAUAAUUUACCAGCUCUGCGCAACCUUUGAACACCCCAAAAUAAUCAACGACAGUUUUACAGCUGGUGACACACUUUAUCUCCCUCUGGUUACUUUCAAAGCCCACAGCAACAAUUGCUUGCAUUUAUCUAGCACCUUUGACAUGCACCAAGGCGUUUUGUAAGAUUGACUACCAAACAGAUUUUGAACCUGAGCCAUAGAAGGAGAUGGAUGGUCAAAUGAUUGGCCAAGGAGGAGCCUGUUAAAGGAGAGGAGAGAGUUGGAGAGUUUCAGGGGGAGAUUCCCAGAGACCAAAGUGUUGCUAAGUCCCACAGUGAGGCUCAGCAAGUAAUUGAAGGUGCCUGAAAUUGCAGUCAGUGUUAAUAAUUAACUGGGUCUCAUCAGUUGCAUUCAUAAACAUAUUGCCUUCAGAUUAUUCCAAGAGAUAUUAGAACAAUCAAACCAGCAACUGACCCCAUGUUAAUCAAACCAUUCAUCAGACACACUGAAACUAUCUUUCACUUGUUCACACGGAUAUGAAGCAAGCUGUUGCCAAAAAGAAACUUGUUGUAAUUUAUGUAAUUCCCUCUCCCUGCCCGAUUCCUGAUCGCAUAUCGGAAACGCCAAUGCAAAUGUCCCAUGAAUUUUGCAAACAUUCCAAAACCAUUGAAAGAAUUUCUGUUUCAGAGGAAGUUGUGAAGCACUUUGGAACAAACCAGGCACUUUGCCAAGCAUUACCGCUUGGUAAUGUUCGAAAAUUGUCAGUUUGCACGCACUGAGCAAGUGCUGGAGAAACUCUGCAGGUCUGCCAGCAUUUGUGAAGAGAGAGAAAAGUUAACCUUUUGAGUCUGGUAUGAGUCUUCUUUACAAUGUCCGCAAACAACAAUGUGACCGUCUGCUUUUAGCGAGGGACCACCCUUCGUUCCAUUCAGUUCUGGUCACCACAUUCCAAGAAGGAUGUGGAGACGUUGGAGAGGGCACAGCAGCAGUUUCCCAGGAUGCUGCCUGGAUUAGAGGGUAUGAGCUAUAAGGAGGGGCUAGAAAAGCACAAGUUGUUUUCUCUGGAGCGGCGAAGGCUGAGGGGAGACUUGAUGACAGUUUAUGAAAUUAUGCAAUGUGUGGCUAGGGUUGACGGUCAGAAUCUUUUUCCCAAAGUUCAAAUAUCUAAUUCUAGGGGGCAUGCAUUUAAGGUGAGGGGGCGGAGGGAGUUCAAAGGGGAUGCGAGGGUUAGGUUUUUUUACACAGAGAGUGAUAGGACUGUGGAACACACUGCCAGGGGUGGUGGUGAAGCAGAUAUAAUAGGGGUGUUUAUGGGGCUUUUAGAUAAACACAUGGAUAUGGAGGGAAUGAAGGGAUGUGAACCAGGAGUGGGCAGGAGGGAUUAGAUUAAUUUGGCGUCAUGUUCAGUACAACGUUGUGGGCCGAAGGGCCCAUUACGAUGUUGGACUGCUUCAUGUAUUAGUGAUGUUGACCGAGGGAUUAAUACCAACCAGGUUAUCUUGAAUAAGGUCCCUACUUUCAUUGAAAUAGGAAUGUUUUACAUCAUGCUGCAUGGGCAGAUAGACUUUGGUUUAAUGUCUCACCCAAAAGACCCCAUAAAGCCCCAAAUGAAAGUACGACGCUGGAGAUCUGCAAUCAAAAUCGAAUGUGCUGGAGAAACUCAGCAGGUCUGGCAGGGUCUGUGAAGGGAGAGAAACAGAUUUAACAUUAUGACUCUCCUUCAGAACUCACCUUCCAAAUCUUGAAAUCCCAGCAUGCUCACUAAUGGUUUUUUUCUGGAAUAUGGUCUAUUCUUAGUCAAAAACAAAACACAAUCACCACAAAGUUUUCAAAAUAGAAAGCCCACAGCCUGGCGGAGAAAUGUUGGGAUUGUUUUCCCAGCAUUAUUCCAAUUCCAAAGACAAAUAUUUUUAAACUCUUCAUAUAAAUAGCUCAGUGCCUUUGUGAAAAUGCUGAGUACCACAUUAACACCGCAUUCCCACACUGAGGCGGUAUGAUAAAAGGGGAGGGUGGGGGAACAGUAAAGGAUUAGUAACUACAGGGACAUAGAUUGAAUGAUACAAGAAUGAGGAGGGAGGAGAUCAGGGCAUUAUUUGCAGCAUGUGUGAGUUGAUCUGGAAUGCACUGUCUAAAACACGGCAGAAGCAGAUUUCAUAGUUACUUGGGAAAGGGAUUUGGACAGGGAACCUUGCAGGGCUGUCGAAGGCAGUGGAACUAACUGUAUAGAAAAAGCCAGUACACGCACAAAAGGCCGAGUGACUGCCUUCCAUUGAGCAGCAAACUGAUUCUUUAUUUUAAAAAUGCUCAAUCUAAACUUCAUCAAUGUCUUCGUUUAGAAUUUAAGAAAUUCUGGCAGGUGACUGGAAAGGUGUAGAAUUGGCCAGGGGUAACCAGCCAGGAUCCAUUCCCACUGCAUUCUGACCUGCAUGAGAAAUCCCCUCCAUCAUCGAUCAAACAGGUGUAUCGAAAAUCACAUUUAUAUGAAUUGAUUGAAAGCAGAGACAUGUUUGUAAGAUAUUUAAUCCCCAUAAUUAAACAAUUAUUUUGAUGGUUA